AUGGAGGGCAGGAGCCUCCAGAAGGAUGAGCUUCCAGACGCAGGCCUGGCCUGCGGAAGGUGCAUUACAGAUGAAGUGUUGACAGUCUGUCACGAAACAAGUGAAAAGUUUUCUGUAAUGCUUCCUCCUGGGGUUGGAGAAGAAGCCACUGUCAACAGUGAUGGAAGACAUUCAUCUCUACCCUAUGGCUUAAAUCAGGAAGAAAUACAGUUUUUCUUUGUACUUCGUUUUUGUGCUGUAGCCUUGUCGUGUGUUUCUUCCACUGCUAUCACGUGCUUUACAAGAGGACUUGACCUUAGAAAGGAGACAGAAGAUGUCCUUUGCCCAGCAAACUGUCCUCUAUGGCAAUUUUAUGUCUUUGGGGAUGGAGUUUAUGCCUCUCUUUCUAGUGUCUGUGGAGCUGCCAUACACAGGGGUGUGAUCACCAAUGCAGGAGGAGCUGUAAGGGUACAGACUCUCCCAGGACAGGAAAACUACCCUGCUGUAAAUGCCAAUGGGAUCCAGUCCCAGGUGCUCACUAGAUGGGCUUCGUCUUUCUCAGUGACUCGUACCAAGGACACAGUGCUUGAAGCAGUUGGGCGAUCAGUAUCAACAGCACGUCCUUCUACAGGUAAAAGACCUAAGAAGCCACUUGAUAAAAAGGCUGGAAACAAAGACUGUAAAGCUGAUAUUGCAUUUCUUAUUGAUGGAAGUUACAACAUCGGCCAACGUAGAUUUAAUUUGCAGAAAAACUUUGUUGGAAAAGUAGCUGUGAUGUUGGGAAUUGGAACAGAAGGGCCUCACGUUGGAGUUGUACAAGCCAGUGAACAUCCAAAGAUUGAAUUCUAUCUGAAAAACUUCACUGCUGCAAAAGAAGUUUUGUUUGCCAUAAAGGAGCUAGGGUUCAGAGGAGGCAAUUCUAAUACAGGGAAAGCUUUGAAGCACGCAGCUCAGAAAUUCUUCUCUUUAGAAAACGGAGCACGCAAAGGAAUUCCCAAGAUCAUUGUAGUGUUCCUAGAUGGCUGGCCCUCAGAUGAUAUAGAAGAAGCCGGCAUAAUGGCCAGAGAAUUUGGAGUCAAUGUAUUCAUUGUAUCUGUAGCAAAACCCACAACAGAGGAGCUGGGAAUGGUGCAAGACAUUAGUUUUGUUGACAAAGCAGUCUGUCGAAAUAAUGGCUUCUUCUCUUACCAAAUGCCCACCUGGUUUGGUACCACCAAAUUUGUAAAACCUCUUGUCCAAAAAUUGUGUUCACAUGAGCAGAUGUUGUGCAGCAAGACAUGCUACAACUCUGUCAACAUAGGGUUCUUGAUAGAUGGUUCCAGCAGCAUUGGAGACAGCAACUUCCGCCUUGUGCUUGAAUUCAUCAGCAACAUUGCAAAGGCUUUUGAGAUCUCUGACAUUGGUUCCAAGAUUGCAGCUGUGCAGUUCACAUACGAUCAGCGUACCGAGUUCGGCUUCGCAGACUACACCACAAAAGAAAAGGUCCUCUCGGCUAUCCGGAACAUUCGCUACAUGAGCGGUGGCACUGCCACUGGUGAUGCCAUUUCUUUCACAACCAGAAAUGUGUUUGGGCCAAUGAAAGACGGACCUAACAAAAAUUUCCUUGUUAUUUUGACCGAUGGUCAGUCUUAUGAUGAUGUUAGAGGGCCUGCUGCUGCUGCACAAAAAGCAGGAAUAACAGUCUUCUCUGUGGGUGUCGCCUGGGCACCUCUGGAUGAUCUGAAAGACAUGGCUUCUGAACCAAGAGAAUCUCAUACUUUCUUCACUAGGGAGUUCACAGGAUUGGAGCAGAUGGUUCCUGAUAUUAUUAGAGGCAUCUGUAAAGAUUUUUUAGACUCUAAACAAUAAAGAAAAGUCUGCUGUUGGAUAUUACUACUUUGAAAUUGAAAAAUCAUGAAACUGAAAUGGUCCCUCUGAAGUACAGAUGUUUUAUUCUUACAUAUACUAUCACAUUGCAAGGGAAGAAGAAGAAGGGCUACUUGUUGUUUCUGUAGUCAGUCGAGGAUUCUUGUGAGAUUCUUAGAAGUUGUACUUAGUACUGGAAUGCAGAAUUUGGCCAACAGCUAUUAUUUUCAGUACAUAUAUAGCAUCCCCAAGUUUAAAAGCUAUGCAUAUUGUGCACUUAAGGCUACCAGAUAUCAGCAGAGGAAACAAUACAGCUCUGAUAUUUUUGCUGUCACUUGCUAGAUGUCUUCUUAUGAGUUAAAAACAAUAUGAUUUUAAACACA